AUGAUACCGUAUCUCCGCAACUUGAACCACGCCCUUCUGGCCGCCAUCCUCCUCGCCUGCCUCCCCUCUUCCCUGGCCCAGUACUUAAGGCAGUCCGAUCUUCCCCAAGAUCCCGCCGAAAAGGCCACCGUGCUCGGCCACUGGCUAGUGGCCCCCCACGCCGACUUCCAGGGCCUCAGGACCGUCAACCCCUUCCUGACCGACGAGGACCUAAAGUACACCAAGAGCGGCUCAGAGUGCGACGACCGCAGCAAGGGAGAUGUGUGUGCGGAUGUCCCAUCUUGGUUUUCGGGUUUGGGCAUCUUUAAUCUCACCGCGGAAGACGGAAUACGUUUCUUGGGAGUGAUGGACGGCGGCCCUGCGAAUGCGUGCAAAGAGCCCAGGGGCACGCCCGACCACAUUUCGCACAAGGACUACGUCGUGCCGGCCUUCGCGCCGGUUGUGUCGAAGUUCAGGGUCGACCAGACGCACGGGGUGCUACUGGAGCACCACUGCUUUCUGAAGGGGAGUGACGGCGAGCCUCUCAACGGGCUGCCCAACACGGAUAACGACGACAGCCCCUUCACGGGGGGAGACUGCGAGGUGCAACUGAACAGGUCGGUGAAUGGCCUCGACACUGAAGAAGUGCAGAAGAUCCCCGGCACGAACCUGUGCCUGGCCGGGGAUGAGUACAGUCCGUCCAUGGUCAUAUUCAACUGUGAAUUCGGCACCAAGGAAUGCGGGACGGUCCUGACACGCUACAUACCCGAGGGGCUGGAGCUUCCAGGGGCGUCGUACAACGUUCGGUCCAUCCUUCCCGGGGCUUUCCUUCAUCGCCGCAAGGGUAGAGGAUUCGAGAGCGCCGCCGUGUCGCCAGACGGGAAAACCGCGAUUCUCCUCCUUCAGAGCCCGCUAGGCGACGACGACAAGUGGUCGCCUUUCGCGACUUCUCACGUCAUCCACGCGGUCAAGAUGGACAUCACAGAUCCCGGCAACGCCAUAGUCGCAGCCCAUUACCUCUAUGUAGUGGAGAACUUUCUAAACUGGUUCGACAAGAGGAAACCUCAGGACACGAAGAUCAGCUCUGCCACGUGGGCGUCCCAAUUCGCUGGCACGGACCACGACGUUCUGGUCGUGAUCGAAAGGAGGCCAAAUCAGAUUAAAUUCUUCCUCGCUGAUUUCACCGUUGCCUCCGACAUCAAGGAAAACAGUCUCACUGGGGACCUCGCCUUCGACAAGCUUGGUCUGCAUGACAAAUCCUUGAAGAAGUUGCGAGAACUUGGCGUGGAACCCGCUCGCAAAGCGCUUUUUCUCGACACCGGCGACGUUGAGAAGGACCCCUUCAUCGAGAACUGGGACAGCAGCGACAAGAUGGAGGGGGUGGCGGUGUUGAACAGCUGCGUGGUGGCCAUGGCGGACGACAACGACUUUGGUCUGGGGAGGGAGGGGCAACCUGGCAUAACUGUCGUUCAGCUGAGCGAGUGUAUGGAUGCCGUUUUCAACAGGAUGAACACUUAA